ACUCGAGAGCUUAACUAUCUUGUGCUCUCCUUCGUUUAUGGCAGCUGAAGAAGCUCCUUCCUCCUCGACGCCCGUCGACGGCGGCGCUGCUCUUAAUCCUCCUCCUUCCUCCGACAUAGCAGCUUCAGCUUCUUCGGCUAUUGAUUUUCUCACCCUCUGUCAGCGCCUUAAGACUACGAAAAGAACUGGCUGGGUUCGUAGAAGAGUCAAGGAUCCGGAAUCCAUAGCAGAUCAUAUGUACCGAAUGGGAAUAAUGGCGCUCAUUAGUUCGGAUAUUCCGGGCGUCGAUAGAGACAAGUGUAUAAAAAUGGCAAUUGUACAUGACAUUGCAGAAGCAAUUGUUGGUGACAUUACCCCAUUUGAUGGGGUUUUAAAGUUGGAAAAGAGUAGACGAGAACAAGAAGCAUUAGACCACAUGUGCAAAUUGCUUGGUGGUGGUUCAAGAGCCAAGGAAAUAAGUGAAUUGUGGAUGGAGUAUGAAAAUAACAGUUCACCAGAAGCUAAAAUUGUGAAGGAUCUUGAUAAGGUGGAGAUGAUUCUUCAAGCUUUGGAAUAUGAAAGUGAACAAGGAAAGGAUUUGGAUGAGUUUUUUCAGUCAACUGCUGGGAAGUUUCAGACCGAGCUGGGACGAUCUUGGGCGUCUGAGGUAAUAUCAAGGAGAAGAAGGGAUGUCGAUGAUGGCGCCACAGUCAAAAUUUCAGAGAAUUAACAUGCCAAUUCACAGCCCAAGAAUUGAGGUUACUGUUUAUUUGGCAACACAUUUGAUUUUCGAUUUUCUAUUUUCUUUGAUCAUUUUAAGCAGAUUUUUUUGUUGAAUUGCAAGAGUACAUCAUCAUGCUCUAAGGCCAACAUGUCUAAAUCAUGGUUUCUAUAUAGCCUACUCAAUGCUCGAGUUAGAUGUUGUCUGAUGGGUAAGGAUUAGGGAAAAUGGCACAUUGGUACAAGUAGAAGAAUUGUUACACGUUUCAAGUGUGAGUAGUAAUUUUAUUCUAUAUGUACCAAAAGUCGAGAUUGUGAGAUC